AUCUCGACGAAAGCGCUCAUACCUGGGAACUCCCAGCGGGCUCGCUCGACGGCUCUCAACGCCUUCGAGCGCUUCGCGGUCGCCGAGGGCUUCACCGUCAACGCCAUCUAUGAGUUUGUAGGUGGGGAUUCAACUGGCAAUACUCUCUACAUUGUUCUCGACAAAUUUGCAGUGUAUUUAGCAUUUAAAGAAAGCUCGAAGGGCUCGCUGCUAUCCAAGCACUCGGUCGCCAGCUACUUUGGCAACAUCAAGAACCACCUACUCGAGCUGUUUCCAGCUUUAAGUACUGUAUAG